AUGUCCUCCCUUCAAAAUGGAACUGUCGUUGGGGAGCCGUCAGAUGCAGAGUCGCGGACUUCUGAAUACUUCUGCGAUGCGGCUGCCGAUGUUGUUUUCCAAUCGUCGGAUGGAGUCUUGUUCCGCGUCUAUCGAACUCACCUUGAGUCGCACACAGGAGGAUUUGCUCCCGCCGAAAUUCCUACCCUUGAUGAGGUCGUUGUACUCUCUGAACCAGCGGAAGUUCUGGAGCUCCUCUUUCAAUUCACCCAACCAUCACGCCAACCAGACGUUCUGAAUCUUGAAUUCGAUCUGCUCUUUGCUUUGGCAGAGGCGGCGGAGAAAUACGAGGCAUACGGUGCGAUGAGUCUAUGUAAUAUGCGAAUGCAUUACAUAGUCGAACAGAAACCUAUGGAGAUUUUGAACUAUGCGUUGAAACACGGGUAUGCAGAGCUCGCCAAUAAAGCGGCUCCCAUCACAGUUUCCGCCCGUCCAGCUUUGACGCUAGCAGCUGAAAAUCUCACAUUCCCCGGAGCUUUGGCGACCUGGAUCAAAUACUAUGCACAAUGGGAUAGAUUAGCCAGGGAUUCUUUGGAUUUCCUUGUGACCUACCAGCAUCAUGAUCACUACCCAAGCGGAAGCAACAUCUGGACUUUGAUCACAACCCAACACAUCCUUAUCCGAAUUUUGACUUCUGACAAGUUUGCCGCACGUAAGCUUCUGAAAGAGCGAGGUCAUUCAGCUUGGAUUACAAGUAUUACACGGAAUGAUUGGAGACAGCCGAUUCAGUUAUCGAAGCUCGCGGAUGCUAUGAAGGCGUAG